AUGGAUGAAUAUUCAUCAGGCUUCUGCGUCCGGCCACCACCCGGCGCCGCCGGCACGGGGACAAAGUGCGGGCGGUGGAAUCCGACGAGCGAGCAGGUGAAGGUGCUGACGGAGCUAUUCCGGUCGGGGCUCCGAACUCCGAGCACCGACCAAAUACAGCGAAUAUCCUCACAGCUCAGCUUUUACGGCAAAAUCGAGAGCAAAAACGUUUUCUAUUGGUUUCAAAAUCACAAGGCCAGGGAAAGGCAAAAACGCCGCAGAGUUUUAUUGCCUGAUCAUAAUCACAAUUAUAAUCAUUAUAAUCAUAAUAAUCACAAUAUUAAUAAUAAUAAUAAUAAUGUUAAUUAUAAUUAUAAUAAUAGUAAUCACAAUUAUAACGAUCAGAUUAUCCACCACCUUCAAGAUGCCACCGCCACCGUCACCAAGGACUCGGCCACAAAAUCAUAUUUCGGUCACGACGUGGAUCAAGUCCCCGAGCCAGAAAGAGCAAUUGAAACCCUUCAACUCUUUCCGAUAAACUCUCUAAGUCUAAACGAACGUGCGAAUGAUUCGGAGAGAAUGAGACAUUUUAGCGACGAUUGCAAGGAAAAUGCGUCGUUUGCUUACAACAUGGGCUCGGACGAAAUGGAUCACCCGACUUUGGACCUAAGACUAAGCUUCGUUUAG